AUGGAGCAAAAUAUUAUUAGCACCAUAAGGGAUGAGGGUAUUCGUCACCGAUCGAAAUACCUUACGAUAGUACAACUAACCGCUAUUGCGGAGACUAAAAUUAACGAAUUCAUCAUAAGUGGUGAGGCAAAAAACCGAGAUUUGAGCAGUCUUCUAGAUAAAUGCAUCGAUAUCCUGUCUAUCUAUAAGAAAAACUCGAAGGAUAUCAAAAAUAUUAUAUCUUGUCGAAAUAAGGGUGCAAUGAUUAAUUCAAAUUCCGAUAUGAUUAUUCAAUUAAAUUAUAUUUACUACAAGAUGAUUCACAUUAUUGUAACAACCAACAUCCCUCAUUUAAAUGAAUUCGCAAAGAUCAAACUACACAAGGGCUCGACUAAUGAUGGCAAUAGCAAUAACAAUACUAAUGAAUUUCAACUGAUGAACAUUUACAAUACUUUACUGGAAACUUUAUUAAAAGACGAAAACAUCGCAAAAAUAAAAAAUUUUAUCAAGUCUUCCAUAAGGCAAACAAAACUGAACCAUGAGCAAGAAGAAUGUGGUAUGAUGAGAACGGGUUCUUAUAUCACUCCCGACCAACUAAAUUCCCUAAUAAUUUCAUCAAGCAAUUCUACUUCAUCCCAAAUGGAGACACUACUGAUAGAUAUACGAUCAAGAUUGGAAUUCAACAAGUCUCAUAUUGGUACGAAAAAUAUUAUUUGCCUGGAGCCUAUUUCUUUUAAAAUGUCAUACUCUGAUCAUGAUUUAGAGAAAAAAUCGUUAAUUACUUCUCCUAAUGAUGAGAUUAAACUGUUUCAAAGUAGAAAUCUUUUCAAGUUUAUCAUUCUCUAUACUGACUCAAACGAAUACAAUAUCAAGCAACAAUCUGUCUUGUUGGAUAUUCUGGUGAACCAUUCCUUUGAGAAACCAAUAUCGGACGACUUUACCAAAAUUUUCAUUCUGGAAUCUGGUUUUUCAGGUUGGAGGAAGUCAAAUCAUGGGAGCCAAGUAUCAUCAUCUUUUCCAGCAAAUAACAACGUUAAAGAUGAUAGCGUUUAUGUUAAUGGUAAUACUUCUGGUCUGAGUCUACAGCAUCUACCUAAGAUGUCUCCCAGUAUAAGACAUUCAAUGGAUGACUCAAUGAAAGAAAUGCUGGUUGCGCCCACCCCAUUAAACCAUCUUCAACAACAGCAACAACAGCGGUCAGAAAGUGAUCAUGUACUAAAAAGAUCUUCAAGUUUUAAAAAACUGUUCUCAAACUACACGUCCCCUAACCCGAAGAAUCCAAAUUUAAAUUUAUAUUCCAUAUCUUCGUUAUCCAUAUCGAGUUCGCCAUCGCCUUUGCCCCUACAUUCGCCUGAUCCGAUUAAAUGUGAUUCACUGCCAAUUAAUUAUCCAGAAACGCCACACCUUUGGAAAAACAUUGAGACAGAUUUUAUGACAAAUCAAAGAGAACAGUUGAAUCACAAUUCUUUCGCUCACAUAACUCCUAUCAAUACAAGGGCCAUCACUUCUCCGUCAAGAAGUGCCACACCGAAGUUACAACGCUUCCCGCAAACAAUUAGUAUGAACCUGAAUAUGAACUCUAAUGGUCACAAUUCUGCCACUUCUACUAUCCUACCCUCGUGUCUAUCCUUUUCUAAUAACAGCUCUCUAGAUCAUACCGAUGUUACACCAACUUCUUCUCAUAAUUAUGACCUUGAUUUCGCGGUUGGCUUGGAGAAUCUAGGAAAUUCGUGUUACAUGAACUGUAUUAUUCAAUGCAUCUUAGGUACACACGAAUUAACACAAAUUUUUUUGGACGACUCAUAUGCCAAACACAUCAAUAUUAAUAGUAAGUUGGGAUCGAAGGGUAUAUUGGCGAAGUACUUUGCGAGGUUGGUUCACAUGAUGUAUAAGGAACAAGAUGAUGGUUCGAAGAAAAUUUCCAUAUCACCAAUAAAAUUUAAAUUGGCAUGUGGAUCCGUUAACUCAUUAUUUAAAACUGCAUCUCAACAGGACUGUCAAGAAUUUUGCCAAUUUCUCCUAGAUGGUCUUCAUGAAGAUUUGAACCAGUGCGGUUCGAACCCACCUUUGAAGGAACUUUCUCAAGAGGCUGAGGCGAGAAGGGAAAAACUGUCUCUGAGAAUUGCCUCUUCAAUAGAGUGGGAACGGUUCUUGACUACCGAUUUCAGUGUUAUUGUCGACUUAUUCCAGGGACAAUAUGCAUCACGACUAAAAUGUAAAGUUUGUAGUCAUACUUCGACAACAUAUCAACCUUUUACAGUGCUGUCAAUCCCUAUUCCCAAAAAAAAUUCCCAAAAUAAAAUCACCAUUGAAGAUUGUUUUAAAGAGUUCACUAAAUGUGAGAACUUGGAGGUGGACGAGCAAUGGUUGUGCCCGCAUUGUAAAAAAAGACAGCCUUCCACGAAGCAAUUGACGGUGACAAGACUACCGAGGAAUCUGAUAGUCCAUUUAAAGAGAUUUGAUAAUUUACUAAACAAAAAUAAUGACUUCGUUAGGUAUCCGUUUUUGUUGGACUUGACUCCAUUUUGGGCCAAUGAUUUUGACGGUGUUUUUCCUCCAGGUGUUAAUGAUGAUGAAUUGCCAAUAAGGGGGCAAAUACCGCCUUUUAAGUACGAGUUGUAUGGUGUAGCAUGCCACUUCGGUACUUUAUAUGGUGGCCAUUAUACAGCCUAUGUGAAAAAGGGAUUAAAGAAGGGAUGGCUAUAUUUUGAUGAUACCAAAUAUAAACCUGUCAAAAACAAAACCGAUGCUAUUAAUUCUAACGCAUACGUUUUAUUUUAUCACCGCGUCUACGGUGUUUGA